CUGAAAAGCGAAGAGAACUGAAGUCUGAUGGUCGUUUAGAUAAGGAACUUUCAGAAUCCUAUGCAUUUCUCAUGGUUGAUCGAUAUCAGGUUCAAAGCAUAUGUGAAAAAGGAUUGCAAGUGGGCCAGUCCAAAAUAACAAUUCUUGGCAGUCCUUCCAUGGGUAUCUAUCUUUCUAAAUAUGCUGACUUAUUACAAGCUAAUCCUUUGGAAGCUGGGGCAGUGGGCGAUGUUGUGAUUUUUAAAAUAAUGAAGGGUAAAAUAAAGAGUAUAUAUGACCCCAUGGGUGUGAAAAACUUGGAAUCCAUGUUAAAUAAAAGUGCUUUGGACCCCACACCAAAGCAUGAAUGUCACGUGUCGAAGACUGCAAGUGGAGUUACAUCACUCUUGGCUUACAGAGCCUAUGAGCUUACUCAGUAUUAUUUUUAUGAGUAUGGCUUUGAUGAACUAAGGCGAAGACCAAGACAUGUUUGUCCAUAUGCAGUUGUGUCUUUUACUUACAGAGAUGAUAUACAAAUUCCAAAGUUUGUUUCCUCAUCAAGAUCUAACAGCUUUAAUGCAGAUAGAAACAUAGAUAAAUUUAACUACACCUUGUGGAAAGGACAGCUUUUAAAUAAAGGAAAGCUCCUGUGUUAUAUUUCUCUGAGGUCAGCCACUCGUGCUUUUUUGCCUAUCAAGCUUCCUGAAAAGUUAGAUGUUGAAACAGUCAUGAGUAUUGAUCAUCUGAAACAGAAAAUUCCUCCAGCGCUGUUUUAUAAGGAAACAUAUAUAGGUCCAAAUGAAGUGUUGAAGAAUGGAAUGUAUUGCAGCCUUUACGAAGUUGUAGAAAAGACAAGAAUUGGAAGUAACAUGGAGAGUUUACUGCAAAAACUAGAUAAAGAAAAACUUGCUCUUGUUAAACCAUUGGGAGACAGAGGAUUCCUUUUUCUUCUUUCUCCAUAUCAGAUGGUUUCUCCAUAUGAACAUCAGAUUGUCAAGUCUCGAAUCCUACAUGCCUUGUUUCUAUUUCAAGAACCUAGAGGCAUAAUUACUUCACAAAAACUUUCAACCAGUGUAGCACCAAAGGAGAGGAACGAGCAUGAGAGCGUACCAGAUAUAUUAAGAAUAGCUCAGUUCUUGCAGUUUGCUUUGAUUCAUUGUCGAAAAGAAUUCAAAAGUAUAAACACUAUAAAUUUUCAUUCUGUUGUUGAAAAGUAUGUAAGUGAAUUUUUUAAGCGAGGUUUUGGUUCAGGUAAACGAGAAUUUAUGUUUUCAUAUGAUUCACGAUUAGAUGAUAAGAGAUUCUUAUACUCAGCACCAAAACAUAAGUCCCAUAUUGAUGAUUGUUUGCAUACCUAUAUUUUUCGGCCUGAAAUGUAUCAGUUGCCUAUUUGUAAACUAAAAGAACUAUUUGAAGAAAAUAAAAAACUUCAACAGUUUAGUCCACUUUCAGAUUAUGAGGGUCAAGAAGAAGAAAUGAAUGGUACAAAAAUGAAAUUUGGAAAACGAAACAACUCAAGGCGUGAAACUGUUAUACCUGGAAAGCAAAAGUCAUGUCAUUCUUUGGAUUAUGAUAAGGAUAGAGUCAAAGAAUUGAUUAAUUUAAUUCAGUGUAGGAAAAAAAAUGUUGGUGGGGACCCAGACACAGAAGAUACCAGAAGCAAGACUGUCUUGAAGAGGAAGCUUGAGGACAUACCUGAAAAUAUGAGAAAGCUCGCCAAAACUAGUAAUUUAUCUGAAAAUUACCAUCUGUAUGAAGAGUCUCCACAGCCUAUUGGCUUAGUUGGGCAUGAUGCUGACUUGAGACGGCCGCAGCAGGAUACCUGUAACUCUGGUGGUGGUGAUAUUCAUAAGCUGUUUAAUUGGCUGUCAGAAACACUAGCAAAUGCACGCCAUUCUGAUGCAUCCCUGACAGACACAGUCAACAAAGCCUUAGGAUUGAACACUGACGAUUCCUACGAAGAGCUAAGGCAGAAACAUGAGUAUAAGUUGAACUCUGUCUCAGAUAAGAAAGAAUAUGAGCAGCCUACUGGUAUGAAAAUUGAAAAUUUACAUUUUAAGGGCAUGCAGAGCCCUUUGUUGGAAGUGAAUACUUCAUCUUUAAAGUAUCCAGUUGCUGUAUCCACCAGUGAAGUAGGCAUUGACCAUAAGCUGCAUUUGAAAGAAGAUCUAAAUUUAAUUAACGUCAAUAAUUUUGAAGAUUGCAGUUUGUGUCCCACUGUUCCCAUUGAACAUGGAUUCCAUAGACAACAGUCUAAGUCAAAUAAUGUUGAAGAGACUGAAAUACAUUGGAAAUUGAUUCCAAUUACAGGAGGGGAUGCAAGAAGCCCAGAAGACCAGCUGGGAAAACAUAGUGAAAAACAACCACCGGGUAUGAAAUCACCAGAUGAACAACUGGUGUGUCUGCCACCACAGGAGGCCUUUCCUAACGACCCCCGGGUAAUAAGUAGACAGAGAAGUUCUGAUUACCAGUUUCCAUCCUCUCCAUUUACAGACACACUAAAGGGCACCACUGAGGAUGACGUACUGACAGAUCAAAUGGUGACAGUGGAAGAGCAGUGUGUGCCAGCAGCAGAGCCAUCGGCAGUGAGUGAAACUACAGAGAGAACAGUGUUAGGAGAGUACAGUCUCUUUUCUAGGAAGAUAGAAGAGAUUUUGAAGCAAAACAAUGUUUUAUAUAUCAGUAAAAUUUCUACACCUAUGUUUUCAACACAAGAGAAGAUAAAACGACUGUCUGAGUUCAUAUAUUCUAAAACUUCCAAAGCUGGUAUACAGGAAUUUGUAGAUGGUUUGCAUGAAAAGCUAAAUACUAUUAUUAUUAAAGCAUCAGUCAAGGGUGAGAAUUUGCCACCAGUUAAUUCUGAUGAUUCUGGUACUACAAUAGCAUUGACUUCUCUUGGAAGGCAUGUUGUAUCAGUUUCUUCAAGUGACCUCAACAAGAAACACCUCCUUGAGCCGGUUUGUAGUGAUGCUUUGAACAAUGCCAACUCUCACGAAGAGCAUUCUUCUUCAACCUUGGGUUUAACUGAAGGAGAAGUGAACCAGCCAUACCAUGCUACUGAGUUAGUGGUGACUUCUGAUCAUACUGUACCUGGUGAUUCUGCCCAGGAACUAGUAGAAAAAGAAACAAAAUCGACCAGUGAUGUAAACAUUUCUGCCCAACCUGCUCUUUCAAAUUUCAUAAGCCAGUUAGAACCUGAAGUAUUUAAUAGUUUGGUUAAAAUCAUGAAAGAUGUCCAGAAAAAUACUGUGAAAUUUUAUAUUCAUGAAGAAGAAGAGAGUAUGCUCUGUAAAGAAAUAAAGGAAUAUCUUAUCAAAUUAGGCAAUACAGAAUGUCACCCGGAACAAUUUUUGGAAAGAAGAUCAAAAUUAGAUAAACUGUUGAUUAUUAUUCAAAAUGAAGACAUUGCAGGUUUCAUUCACAAGGUACCUGGCUUGGUGACUUUAAAGACUCUCCCCUGUGUUAGUUUUGCUGGUGUCGAUAGUCUGGAUGAUGUUAAAAAUCAUACAUACAAUGAGUUAUUUGUAUCUGGAGGCUUUAUUGUGUCUGAUGAGUCCAUUCUGAAUCCAGAGAUUGUCACAAUUGAGAGCCUUAAAAGUUUUUUGGCAUUCCUUGAAGAACUUAAUACUCCAGAAGGAAAAUGGCAGUGGAAAGUGCACUGUAAAUUUCAGAAAAGGCUAAAGGAACGGGGCAGAUUGAAUGCUAAAGCUCUAAGUCUGUUGACACUUCUGAAUGUCUACCAGAAGAAACAUCUGGUUGAAAUUUUAUCAUACCACGGUUGUGAUUCACAAACUCGAAAUGCUCCAGAACUGGAUUGCCUUAUCAGACUUCAGGCUCAGAACAUACAGCAGCGACACAUAGUCUUUUUAACAGAGAAGAAUAUCAAGAUGCUUUCCAAUUACACAGAUAAUGGAAUAGUAGUUGCAACUGCUGAAGACUUUAUGCAAAACUUUAAAAAUCUUGUGGGCUAUCACAACUCCAUCACAGAAGAAAACCUUCCAUUCCUCGGUGCUAAUGAGAAUCUUGAGUCACAGUCAGCUCUUUUAGAAAACGGUGAAAAGGAUGAAGAGGAUAUGUCUCUGGAUUCAGGGGAUGAGAUCUCACAUAUAGAAGUAUGCAGCAAUUCUCAUUUCGAAAUAUUGGCGAAAGAAAUCAAAGGAUCAAGUGGAAGAAAUCAAAAAAAUACUGAAAUUGGGUUGCAAUCAUCUCUUGACGUGCAAAAAAGUUUAUUAGAAGAUAAGACUUCCCAAAUUGAUUUUGAAGACAGCACUUCUGUUGAUAUAGUAUGUCCUGAAGGAGAGAACAGCAAUUCAGCAGAACGAGAUUUGUAUAGCUUCUUUCAGGUUUCUCAGAGUCCAUUAAAUAUGUCCCAUCGGUUUAGUCAUUUUAACGUUCUCACUCAUCAGACAUUUCUGGGGACAUCAUAUCCCCUUUCAGCAAGUCAGACUCAAGAAAAUGAGAAUUAAUUUUUAUCUGCUAAUACUCAGUGUACAUCUCAGUCUCCAUUAAAGUGGAGAAUAAAAUGAUUCUUCCAGGCCAUACUGAAAAAAGAUAUAGUAACUUUGAUUGUUGUGGACCUGUUAACAGUGAAUUAACAAUUUAUAUUCUUUAAACACAAGGUUUCUUAUCCUUUCUGAAAUGCUUCUCUUAUUUAGAUCAUGAUGGCCUGUAACAGUUAAAACACCUGAAAACUGAAAUAAAUAUAUAUAUAUUUCUGACAUAUAUUGUACUUGAAUUAUCUCAUGUUGGCACUUUUUAAGUUCUACAUUUGUCUGUUACUUGUAUUCGAGCUUCAAAUUGAAGCCUGUUUUAUAUGUAAAAUUAGAUGUUUAUAGAAAGAUGGUAAAAAGCAAUGGUUUUACUUUUCCCCCUGUAAUGUUGGAUAAUACAGACUAUUUUGAUUUAAGCUUUUGUAUAAUGUUUUACACAGGUAUAAGCCAGCAAUGUUAAUAUUUAUAGGAGUUUGGCUCUUUACCUCAAGGUGUUUCUAACAAUACCAUUUCAUUUAGGUAAAAACUUGUGUACAUAGGACUUAAUAGCAAGCAGCAUUAUUUUUUAAUCUUAUAGGCUUAGACUGUAAAAAUUCUCCUUAUUUCAGUUUUGAUCAACUUUUUCAAAACAUGGGGCUUUUGUUGUUAUGAAAGGCAUUAAACAAUUUGGAACUUGUAGUCUUAGAUGUAUAUUUUUUAUUUUUGAGUGGUCUUGUUUACCAUUUAUUCAGCACUUUAGUGCUAUAAGUAAAUUCACACAUAAAAUGUAAAGUGGAGAUAAUUUCAAACCCUUAGUUUUACUAAAGUUAACUUUUAUGCUUUUGAAGUUGCACUUUCUACGGUAAAAGUAAUAACAACAGAUUUUAGAGAAAUGAAAUACUCAUACAGGAGCCUGAAUUGAAUUUGAUUACUUUUUAUAAGAGCCUAGAUGUGGCACUGCAAAACAACUUUUUAUAAAACAAAAUGUAUGGUUCGUGUUAAUCAUCUACAUAAAAGGUAUGGAAGAACAAUGUUAACAAAGAAAUUCAGGCUUUAUUAAGGUAAGUAGAAUUUUUUUUUAAUAGGACUUUAAACACCCAGACUGACAGCAGAAAAAAUUUUUUACUACUAGGUUAUUUUUUUUUUAAACAUUCUAUUAAGAAAAAUGCAUUUUACUAUAAUGUACAAGUUUUUAAUGAGCAUUUGAAAAAUAAAUCUAGGCUAUUUGAACAGUGAGCACAUUUUAUCAUUUGAAAGACAAAAAUCACUUUCUAAAUUUUACAUGAAGAAUUAAAAUUCUUUUCUUGAUUUGCAGCUAAAGGCAUGAGAUUAGUUUCCAACUCCUUUUGCUUCUGGAGAAGGCCCUGAAAUCACAUUGAUAUAUUAGUAAAAAAUAUAUUGUAGCCAAGUUGGAAAUUAUUCCUUAUAUUCUUGUCCUGUUAGUAUUUAGCUCAGGAUAGAACUGCUAAUUAGUUGGCCAUAGGCGAAGCCUUGUCUGGAAUUUUUUAGUGAUUUUUGUACAGACCUAAUCUGGAUGUUAUCUAUAUAAUUAUUAUCUGUAGGAUUGUUUUUAGCAUAGCCAGCAGGGAUGACUUUUCUUUAAAAACCUCCAUAAUUAUGAGGCUUCAAGAUGAAAUUCUCUCCACUCCCAAGUGCUCUUAAAAUGGGGAUGAGACACUGAAGUCUUAAAAUUUUGUUUGUUAUGGUGGCACUAAUCUUAAUGGCUAAUGUAAAAGCUCUGCUGAAAUAACACGAGACUAUACUGGUUUGGUGAAUGCGCAUCAUAUUCCUUUCUCUUGCUUUUGGAACUCUUUUGUGAGUUACCAACACUGAAUUAAAUAAAUCCCGUGUUAUCUAACCAGAGCUGGCACACAAGCUCAUGUUAAUGGGCCAGAGUAAGGCAGGUUUUUAGCUCUAUAAAAGGAAAGCAACACCUGAACCAUCUUUUUGGCAUUGGUAAACAACUGGACAUGAAAAAGAACACUUCUAAAUUUUUUCUAAAUACUAAGUACACAUGAAUCAAAAGCUCAGGGAUAGGUUUCAAUGGAUUUGGGCAAGUUAUAAUGAUCUAAUAAGAACAAGGUUAUGUGACCACAAAAA